AGCACCCGCCACGCUAAUCCACAUAUGAACGGAUAUUAUCAUUAUCAAAGCCAACAACUGUCCUGAUCCGACAGUGUUUAGGCUGUUUUGAACUGAGAAAGUUUCUCCUCCAAAGGACCGCUGCCCUCCAGCUGCAUUUUACCCGGACCAUCUGAAAUAACCCCGCGGAGGAGUUAAUUAUAUGUCGGUCCUCGCGCUGCUCGUUAACGUUUGUCUCUGUAGCCACCGAGCAGUUAGCUCACACACAAAGAGGAGAGUCUUGCUAACUAGCUAAACAACCAACAAACCACCCCGUCUUUUCUCUUUCUAAAAGAAUGGAUACGUUUCAGAAGGUGGAAAAGAUAGGAGAAGGGACGUAUGGAGUGGUCUACAAAGCCAAGAACAAAGUCACCGGAGAAACUGUUGCCCUCAAGAAAAUCAGGCUAGAGACGGAAACAGAGGGUGUACCAAGCACUGCCAUCCGAGAGAUUUCACUUCUCAAAGAACUCAGCCACCCAAAUAUUGUCAAAUUGCGGGAUGUCAUCCACACCGAGAACAAGCUCUACCUUGUUUUUGAGUUCCUUCAUCAGGAUCUAAAAAAGUUCAUGGACUCCUCCUCUGUCACCGGUAUCCCAUUGCCUCUGGUUAAGAGUUAUCUUUUCCAGCUGCUGCAAGGCCUGGCCUUCUGCCACUCUCACAGGGUUCUUCAUCGGGACCUGAAGCCCCAGAACCUCCUCAUCAACGCCCAGGGAGAGAUCAAGCUCGCAGACUUUGGCCUGGCAAGAGCCUUCGGUGUGCCUGUCCGCUCAUACACACAUGAGGUGGUGACACUUUGGUACAGAGCACCAGAAAUUCUCCUGGGCUGUAAAUACUACUCCACAGCUGUCGACAUCUGGAGUCUGGGGUGCAUCUUUGCUGAAAUGAUCACCAGGAGGGCCUUAUUCCCCGGCGACUCGGAGAUCGAUCAGUUGUUCCGAAUCUUCCGCACCUUGGGCACACCCGAUGAGACCGUCUGGCCAGGAGUCACAUUAAUGCCCGACUACAAACCAUCGUUCCCUAAGUGGGCCCAGCAGGAUUUAUCCAAAGUGGUGCCUCUUCUUGAUGAGGAUGGAAGAGAACUGCUUGGGGAAUUGCUGAAUUAUGAUCCAAACAAAAGGUUGUCUGCCAAAAACGCCCUUGUACACAGAUUCUUCCGCGACGUCACCAUGCCAGUUCCUCACCUGCGACUCUGAGUCAAGCAUAAUAUCCGGCCGCUUUAACGCAGACAGUGUCGAAGCAAUAAGGACCUCCUCACCUCGCUUCAUGUCUGCGAGUGGAAUGGACAGAAAAUGUGGACACUACAGGAUACGUUGGAUCCUUUAAUGGAUAUUUGUUAAUACCUAAAACCAGCUUUCUAGACGAUAGAUGUCCCGAGGGUGUUGCUGUUUUUUCAGCCGUGGUGUCAUGAUAGUUAUGAAUGUUUAACUGUAAUUUUCAAUAUCAUUAUUUUGCAUAUUUAUGUGCAGCUGCCAUAUUUGAUGUAAAUGUUACUUUUGAUUGGGAUGGUCCUCCGACCAGCAUGACACAUUUUAGUUACCUACCAUUAAAUUUCCCAAUUUAAACGGUAUGUUGGCUUUUGGAUGUCCAAAUUCAAAUACUCUAGUAGUUAGAAUUAAAUAAGUUUGUGGGAUAGUGCAAAUAACAGAUGUCGUGCUUUGUAAGACUGAGCGUCAGCUGAAUGGUCGUGACGGCUCUCAGCACAAAUUGUCACACAACAGCCGUUGCUAAAAGAUCAAGAUUACAGUUAUGUUCUUUCAGGUUGAUUUCUGAAAGAUUUUGAAAUUCAAAAUUUCGGUGUAAAAGUGAUUUUAAAGCAGCACUUUUUAGUUGGUUUACACAAAAAGUGAAUUGAUACUUCAGGUUUGCAGUCAGGAUUACUCUCCACACUGAAGUUCUCAGCUUUGCACAGACAGUAAUACAAAUGUUCCCUGUUGUAAUUCAGAUUUUACAGAAUUUAAUGUGCUGUUGCAUCUUUCUUACUCUUGAUUUUAUUCAGACUCAAUGAAGUGUUUUUUUAUGGAUAUUGUUUAUUUACAGUUUGAAAAAAUAAACUUGU